UUUGUAGCCUCAUAUCUUUCAUUCAUUGUGGCUGUGAAAGAGGACUUAGAGAAGGGAUGGAUCUUUAUCCUGAUGGCGUUUGUUGAUGCUGAUCCUCUGAAGCUUCUUUAUUUAUUUUUAUCAUCAUAAUUAGGCUCUUUUUUAUUAUUAUUAGUGGGUUUCUUCCUUCUUUGGAGUUAAUUUCAUGUCUCACUUUUACACACUCGCAUCUGCAUAACUUUAGUUUGGGCUCUGGGACGCUCACAGCAUGUAUAAGUUAUGCAUUUUGGUGGUGAUGUGCUGCGCUUUCACCUCUUGGUGCUUCGUGGUGCCAAAGUGCACCAGUGCAGAUCCAAAGGAAUCAGAGGCAAAGACUGGGAUUGAAAGCAGUGCAGAAGAAAGGCUGCAAGAAGAGAUGGAUGGUCAGGAAGAAAUCAUCUCUAAGCUGCUGGGUGAUUAUGACAAGGUGAAAGCCCUCUCUGAAGGCGCUGACUGUGGGUGUAAAUGUGUCGUCAGACCCCUGAGCAGGAGCGCCUGCAGGCGGAUUGAAGAGGGAAGCGCCACCGCGCAGGACUUCUACACCGUGGAGACCAUCACCUCCGGACCGGAGUGCAAAUGCGCCUGCAUCGCACCUCCUUCUGCGGUCAAUCCAUGCGAGGGAGAGUUCAGGCUGAAACAACUCAGGGAAGCUGGGGAAAAAAACAUUAAGGUUAAGAGUCUCAAUGUCUUUUUGUGGUCCAGGACUGUGCCUUAAAACACGCAUAUAGUU